AUGGCUCGUAUCAAACCCUUUCUCGAAGCAAUGGAGCAGUUCGGAAAAGUGAUUGACGUCUUUCUUAACGCCUCUCAAUUUGUAUGUUUUAUUUGGGGCCCAUUGAAGUUUAUCCUACAGGUACGUUUUUAUGAAAUUCAAGUCUCUCGUUUCCCUGAGGGCCUUGAAGAAGCGUACGUAUCCACCCAGGCCGUACCAGGCAUUUUAUCUUACCUUUAUGCAGUUACCAAAGAAUCCUUGAUCGCAUGCAACGAGACCUGUAUCCUCCUCAAUGGUUGAUUGCAAAAAAGCUUCUGGGUUGGGUGGUCUGCUCUAAAAGGUCACUUAAGUGGAGGGAGAUUCAAGCGGCAACGUCUAUGAAUCUGGAAACCCAGGAAAUGUAUUUUGGAGAAAAGAAAUUGCGGAGUGAUAUCCAGGAAUAUUGCGGGUCUUUGAUUCAGGUCAACGGACAUCAAGUAGAACUUAUACACACGACAGCAAAAACGUAAAACAUUCCCUUCUAUUUUCUUUUCACAUGUGUUAUUAUCACACCGUUACUCACAAAAUCAGAAUAUGUUCAUGCAUCAUUUGUUGAGUGCAAUCUCACAGGAAUCUGCCUCCAAUACCUUACAUUCGACUGUUUCGAUCUCGAAACUGAUGACGAGUCUGUCAAGAGAGAUGCCAUCAGCGGUCUUUUGUCAUUUCAAGAUUGCGCCAUUGCAAAAUGGAUGGAUCACGUUCAAGCAAUUGUUCAAACUCCCCCGGAAGGCUUUUACCAAGGUGACGGGUUUAGAGAAGCCUUGGACACCGUAUCAACGGGGAUUGAAGAGUUUUCCAAUCGUUACGAAGAAGACGUACUUCCAAGAGGAGAUUUACUCGAAGAAGCAAUUCAAGACUGCAGGCAGUUCGAGAAAUAUGACAUGCAUGAGGGUCUUUUGAACCUAUAUAAUUAUAUUUAUAUUCACAGCAAGAAAGAUUCUGUGGAGCGACAUAAAGGUCAGCAUUAAUUCCCUCAGCGAAAGCCUCGCGCGCAACCGAAGAAUACUUGAAGGUCUUCUUCCUCCAAAGACGCAACCGGCCGGAGCAAUUGACCAACUCACCGAAUUCUAUGGCGAAAACCGUUUCAAGUGUCCAAAAAUAGCUUGUUACUACUUCCAUGAAGGCUUCAAGGAUGCCAAAACCCGGGAUGGACAUCUUAAACGCCACGAUCGGCCCUUCAUUUGCACCUUCCCAGACUGCUCUAUCACCGUAUUUGGAUUCGCAUCCAAACAAAGAGCUCGAGAAGCAUGUCAAAACCUAUCAUCCCAAUAUUGA